AUGAGCUCUUCAGAAAACAUGGAGCUACUUAUGCGCCAGAGCAUUUUGUACACUGUAGGCCGUAUAUGCGACGAAGAAGCGGAGAACCAGCAGCAUGAGCACCGUGCACGUGCUCGUCCUAAAUUGUCGAAGGAAGCCAUGGCGCUCGUGGCCGAUCUCGUCUAUAAACAGGCGGAAGUGAUGGCGACCGAGUUGCAAUUUUUCGCACGUCAUGCUAAUCGUAAGAUGAUUAAGACUGAAGACGUGAUACUGCUUGCCAGGAAACAACCAAAUUUGACUUACCUAUUAGAAAAAUAUCAACGAGAGAACCUCACCUCGAGUUCCACUUCGGUGGUUAGCUCCAGAAAAAAACGGAAGAACGGUGAAGAUAUUGACUAA